AUGUAUGAAGGUUCUCAAGGUGUAACAUUUGAUGGACCAAGAAAAGGAAUGUAUAUUAAACGAGGUAUAACUUUGGAUAUAUUAAAGAGAAGGAUUCACAACAAAUUUGGUCUUAAGUCAAAUCAAGUGAUAUUAUCUGUAAGUUACAGAUUUUUAGUUUCACAAGAUGAUAACAACAUAUAUUCUUCAUUGGAAUUGAGUGACAAUGAUGAUGUACAAUGCAUGAUAGAAACAUUCCAGAGCCAGAAUGUGAUGCCAAUAACGAAAUUAUAUGCUGAAAUAGGUAUGCAAGAAUCUUCAACUUUUUCAUUAGAAAAUUUGUCAAUUGAACGAUCACCUUUGAUCACAAGAGACGAAGAUGAAGAUGACGAAGCAGAUGAAGACUAUCAUGUUUCAUUAUCAUAUGAAAGCAUUGAUGAAUCCAAUGAAGAUGAAAUUGAUGAUUGUGAACCAUCUGAUAAUGAGGUGGAGCCGGAUGUUAUUGUUAAUAGUCCAAUGGUUGAACCAAUUUUAAUUUAUCCAUCUAUUGAAGAUGAAGAAGAUAUCCCAGGGAUGGAUCUGCGUAAUACUUGGUCAAUUGGUCAAGAUUUAUAUGUGGGGUUGGAGUUUGAGAAUAAAGAUGCGAUUAAAAAUGUAGUAAAGCAAAAUGCAAUGAGAAUGCAUCAAAGUUUUUAUGUGGUUGAGUCAAAAGAGACCAAGUGGGUUGUUAGAUGUCCAAAUGCACAUGAUGGAUGUGGAUGGUACAUCAGAGCCAUUGAGUCAAAGAAAUCUGAUAAAUGGAAAGUGACUCAAUGGGGUGGACGUCGUACGUGUUUGAACAUGUAUUUGUCACAAGAUCAUGCUAAGUUAGAUUCUGAGUUAAUUGCAUCAUUUAUACAAGUUGAUGGCACUCAUCUAUAUGGCAAAUACCGAGGUACAUUUCUCAUUGCUACAACACAAGAUGGUAAUAACAACGUUCUUCCUCUUGCAUUUGUUGUGGUUGAAGGAGAAACAUUAUUUGCGUGA